UUACCGCGCACCAAUAAGGACGCCCUUACUGACUGUUCGAGACUCAUACGACGCUGCAUUUAUAUUUUGUCGCCACUGGAACGGCACUGUGACCGUCGCUUGAACAUUUUUGAGUUAUGGGUGUUGACAAUGAAACCCCGCAAGUGCGUAAUUGGGAUUUGAGGAAGUUUUACCAGCGCUCCUGCGUUCCCGAAGUCUCGGAUGCAAUCAGUGGUGUGGUGCACGGAGAGCUACCACAGUGGCUCCGAGGAACACUUCUGCGAAAUGGUCCCGGUCUUUCCGUGGUUGGUCCGGACCGAUACAACCACGUAUUUGAUGGACUCGCUUUGGUGAGGCAGUUCAGCAUUGAAAAUGGUCAAGUAUUUUACAAAAACCGUUUCCUGAGGAGCAAAGCUUACAUCCGCAACCACAGGGCCAACCGCAUUGUUGUCUCCGAAUUCGGAACUUUGGGCCACCCCGACCCUUGCGCCUCUUUGUUCGACCACCUGACCUCGUAUUUCACUGUGGACAUAUCGGACAAUGCGCUCGUGAAUGUGAUGCCCAUAGGCGAUGAAGUAUACGCCAUGACGGAGUCGCCGUACAUAUUCAGAGUGGAUCCUGUUACUCUGGAGACUGUUGAUAAGAAGAAAUUGACAGACUUCGUAGCCGUACAUACUGCCACGGCACACCCUCACCAAGACUCGGACGAUGGCUCUACAUACAACAUCGGCACGAAGAUGGGACUUCAUCCAGGGUUCGUCUUAAUUCACUACCCUUCCAGUGGUCUGAGUGGCGUCAGAGCAGUGGGAAAGAUACCGUUCAGCUCCCGCACCUCCAUUCCCUACGUGCACAGCUUCGGUCUCACGGAGAAUUGGGCGGUCGUUGUAGAACAGCCUCUCGCCCUACACUUGCCGACGAUGCUUCGGUGUAAAUUACUCGGUGACAAGGCAUACGUGGAUGCCCUCAAGUUCGACCCGACAAAAGGCCUCCGCUUUCACGUGAUGAACAAAAGAACUGGGGAGCUGCAUCCAGCUGAGUUCGAGGCCGCCACUUAUUUCAUAUUUCACCACAUAAAUGCAUUUGAGCGAGGCGACGAUAUUAUCGUGGAUGUAUGUUGCUUCGACAACGACAACAUUGUGAGGAGUGUCUCCUACUCGGAAAUAAAUCCAGGAAAAUUCGAGUUGGCUCACCUUCUCCGCUUUACGUUGCCGCUGAAUCGAGGCAGCUGCGAAAGAACCAUUGUCGUGCCGCAGAAGCUCGUGAAGGGAGACCUCUAUGGUGAGCUUCCACGUGUCAACCAGAACUACAAUGGGAAACCAUACCGGUUCGCCUACUGCACCAGCAAUGUGCCGGGCCAGGAGCACAGAGUGUUCCUCUCUAAGAUCGACGUCACCACUGGUGAGUGGCAACGCUGGGAAAGGCAGGGCUGGUACCCGUCCGAGCCUGUCUUCGUCUCUCGCCCCGGCGGCGUCGAGGAAGAUGACGGCGUCGUCCUCAGUUCCCUGCUGCAUGAGGACGACGAUAAGCAACUGGCCCUCGUUGUCCUGGACGCACAAAGCUUCCAGCAGCUGGCUAUGGUUGAGUUUGACUGUCCCUCCUCGGUUCCGGGUGACUUCCACGGCUGGUUUUUCCCUGGACCAAGAGAACAAUGCGUAGAACGUGACUAAGAAGCGUGGUUGCAUUAUACAGAUUCUUAUUAACCUGAUAUAUUUCAGUGGCGAUGUCGGAGUGCAUAUGAGUGUGGUGUAACCUGCGCUGGUGAUCUGAUUUGUGUGCUGUGAGUUCGCAAACACGUAACCAGAAUCACACGACGAACAUAAACCUCAUAGUUUGCCAGCCAAAUAAUCUUUUUUUCAGCAUAGGAACCUAAAUAGAGAAUAGAACCACUAUAUUACACUUCAGUGGUAGUGAUAAUGUUUAUGCUACAGAGCAAUAAGUCCGUGUAGUGCCCUCCAAACAUUUUGUCACCACAUAAUAAUAAAAACAUGAAGCUAAAUAAAAAGCAGACAUGUGUUCAUUAUCUCAAUGCAAUAAAAUAUAUUGAAGAUAUUUAUGAA